AUGAACGUAAUUGGUGCCUCGGUAUCCGAGGCCGCUACAUUUGGCUCUCAUGAAACAAGAGAUAUUGUGCUUCCCAACCAAAUUGAACACGUCUCUCAAAUCGCUGUCGAUAUCGGAGGUUCAUUGGCCAAGAUCGUAUACUUCACAUCAUCUGCAGAUCGCAAGGGCGGUCGGCUCCACUUUAAAAAAUUUGAAACGGAUAAGAUCGACGAGUGCAUUGACUUUAUUGCAGAGCUGGUAGAGGAUGCCCGACACAUUGCGACGACAGAGCAGGUUCUUAAGGCGACAGGUGGAGGAGCACAUUUGUAUCAUGACAAGCUGUCAAAACGGCUCCCGGGCAUAGUAGUACAAAAGGAAGAUGAAAUGGAGUGCCUCAUUACAGGAUUGAAUUUUUUUAUUACCGAGAUACCAUAUGAAGUAUUUACGUAUAACGAACAAGUCGAUAAGAACCCAAUGCAGUUUGAGGAAAUGACUCAGGCGAUAUACCCGUACAUGUUGGUCAAUAUUGGCUCUGGUGUAAGCAUAUUAAAAGUAACCGGACCUGACCAGUUUACCCGUAUUAGUGGCACAUCACUGGGUGGUGGUACAUUAUGGGGACUCUUGUCCUUGUUGACAGAUGCACACCACUUUGAUGAUAUGCUUGAAUUAUCCCAGACAGGGGACAAUAGGAAUGUGGACCUAAUGGUGGGAGAUAUUUAUGGAUCUGAUUAUGGUCGAUUGGGCCUCAAGUCCUCGCGGAUAGCGUCAAGUUUUGGCAAGGUGUUCAAAAAAGGUGUUCGUCAAUCUCCCGGUAGUUUCUCAUCGGCAGAUAUUUCUAAAAGCCUCUUGUUCAUGGUCAGCAACAAUAUCGGACAGAUUGCCUAUUUGAACGCACAACAGCAUGGCUUAAAACGGAUUUAUUUUGGUGGAUUCUUCAUUCGUGGCCAUCCUAUCACCAUGAACACACUUUCUUAUGCCAUUGAUUUCUGGUCAGGCGGUGAAAUGAAGGCCCUGUUCCUGCGACACGAAGGACAUUUGGGUGCAACCGGUGCAUUCCUCAAACACAAGCCGAUUCGUAAAGCAAGGCACUCGUUCUCUUAUUCAGAAAACUUUCGACCAGACACAGCGGCAACGCCUAGCCGAGUGUAUGAUGUAUUAGAGCAAACCAAUGUAGAAUUACGAUCAGAAGACAAAAUUUGA